AUGGCUGAGUGUUCUUUUAAGUGUUAUUCUAGUAAAGAAUGCGGUGUGUCCAGACGAUACUCUGCACAAACAGCCAUUGUGCCAUUAAAAACGUGUACAAAAGACGUUUUACCUCACCUGAGAGGUUGCUACAAAACAACGGCUAAAGGAGUAGAUUUUGAGUGGAGACUCUGCCUCUACCGAGCAGGACUCUUCCAGGAAGACGGAGAUUGUUUAACUAUUUGUCCCUUACACAGAGAUGAGUUCGGAUUAGGCUGGCGACCAAGCAAAGCAUGCAAAUAUCCACUGCAUGACAGCAAACAAAAACCGACCAGAGGAAUUACUAAACGUUUAUCGGAAGAAAUAUAUCAGAAAUGGAAUGUGUUGUGUCAAAUCGGACAAGGUUAGCUCAUAUUUAGUUUAUUUGACAUUGUUUAAUUUAAAGACUAAGUUCGUAAAAAAUCUCACUUCCUUCUUCGGAUCUUUUAGGUAUUUGCAUGAAAUGUUUGGACAUGCACUCGAAGUUUGGACCAUCUACGAGUUCGACAUGUCAGGUAAGUACACAUUACGUCAUGAUAAACCUUACGACAACUUGAUCGUGGUUUUACGUAUAUUUACAUAAACUAUUACGGCAGUAAAGUCAGUAACAAAAAAUGGUUUAUUAGUUGGAUUAAAAAAGGUUUCUAUUAGAGAGCCAUGCAGGUGUAUCAGCUUUGGCCGCUUAGAAUGUAAGUCUCUUUCUUGUUCCACCACGCCCUUUUGCUUAACGCCGCGGGGGACAAUGAAAACUCGUUUAUGUAAUUUUCCCGGUUGUCCCGGGAAAGAGGGUUACUCUUCCUGCCAAGUCAACUUAAGCGAGCGUUGUUAAGGAAAAAAAAAACAGACAAACCAAAAAUAAGACACAAGACACGAGCCAAAAAGGGCUUAUAUAUCAGGGUGAUUGUCUCCUCUUGACGGAAUCGACACCACUAGGCGCGUAACCCUUUCUGCUUAGUCAAAUUUUUGAUUCGCAUUUAAAGGGUUGGCCAUGUUUUGUAAGGAAACCUAGGAACAGUUGGCUCGCCCAUGGUAACUCGGCGUUUAAAACUUCUACCCAAGGAACGUUUCCACCAUAUAAACAGGGAACGUAGGUAAAUUUAUAACAUAGGCAACAAUCAAUUUAAUUGAAUUGAAAUUCGGGAAACUAUAAGAAAAGAGUGCUCCUUAAACAAGAUAAAAUUUAGCUAUAAAAUAAACACUUAUAAAUCAAUGCAAAGGGCUUGGCAUAUAAAAAGUGUAAGGGGCAAAAACAGAAGAAAGGUGACACUUUUUCUUUUUCUCUAUACAAAACGAAAUUGGUAAAGAAUAUAAGAAAGCCAGAAAGUGAAGUGUUUGAGGAUGACAUCGCUGAGGAACUUGAAACCAGUUUGUCCAGACCAAGACGUGUGCAGGUGGGUAGUGUCAGGUGCAUGUACUAUACUCUGUUAUUUUAAUACAGAGAGCCCAAAAAAGUGAUGAUGAUCAAGUGAUGCGCUCCCUGCAUGUGGAAUUGACUUGUUCAUGAAAAAUCUAAACCGAAAUUCAUCGUUAGUGUUGCGGACACCUGCGCGUCACGACAAAGGGCUAAAUUUUAUUUCUUUUUUAAGGUUCAACCAGGAGAAUACUAUAGACUGGAGAGUCACCUUGAUGAUAUCAUGACUCCAAUUCCUGCAUUGAUGCGAUCGCUAUGUCUAGAUGAAGAAGAGGAAGAAGAAUACCUUCCAACACCUACACCAAAUCGCGGGCUGGAAGUUCUAAAUCAGCAUAUUGAAAGAUUAAGCGCUGGAAGAAUUAGUCCGGUGCGCUUUCAACUCACGCAGCCAAUUCAAGAUGUCGCCAGAGGCACGCGCUCCUACAUAAGACGCAAGUCAAAAGAACUAGUAGGAACAACACUAGAAUGUAUUGCACCAGGGCAGUCUAAUGAACUUCUUGCAUUGGUCGCAAAUCCAACGCCAAUAGAUCCUGAACCAGUAAACAACAUUAUGGCGACCCUGCUUUCACUUUACGAAGGCGCGACAUCUUGGUAUACAAAAAUGACAAUCUUGUCUAUUUUUGCGCAGCACUACACUAAAACGCAACUGAAAGACCUGGUUCCAGGCCUCACAACUUGGCGAAUUGAUCAAGCAAGAAAGCAUGCUGUGGUUGUUGGUGCAGGCCAUUCUGAAGUUAGAGAACCCGUGAUGCGUUAUCGUCUUGAAGGAGAGAAAGUCGACCACUUCCUAGAUUUUAUAAGUAGCCCUCACUACCUUCAGGAUGUAGCCUAUGGUACAAGGAAGAUAAAAAUGUCAUCUGGAGAAUGUUUGGAGAUACCUGACUUAGUGCGCACUGUCAUUAGUUCCAGAAUGGUCAAACUAUAUCAGUUGUAUUGCAGUGAAGUUGGCUUUCAACCUCUUGGUAGAUCGACCCUAUUUUCUAUCCUUAAGGUAAAGAAAAAAAUAACUAGAGUAGUCUAAACUGUUAACUGUGAUUUUGCUCAGAAUUAACAAGAGUGUAAAAUAGCGGCUGCAAGUACUCUAGACUCUUUGGUUGUGGGAAGCAGGAUAAAAAGCCACGUUAUGUAGUGAUGUGUUACCAAAUUUUUUCUUUCACAGAUAUGUGCAGCUUCCCAGAAAAAGUCCCUUGCCGGCCUUGAUAACGUCACAAGCGAAGGUGCAUCAGCAUUUGAUACAUUGGAAAAGGUUGUAAAAACUAUGACAUCUCUAGGUACGCUUAAGGUGAUUCAUUAGUAAUAGAACCUAACAUAGAUUGUAGAUGAAACUUGGUACACUGAUUGAACAAGUCAAGAAGAUGGUAAAAAAGUAAUAAAAAGUGGAGGUCACCGUGCUCGUUUUGACGUGAAAAUGAUGACAAAUACGGCUAUUUGGGAGCAUUUACAAAAACCGCGGGCAGCCAAAACUACACAAAAAGGAGAGAUUUUUUCGAUGAUGCUUGUGGUAUCCCACAGAAUUUGACUUUAAUGUACGGUUUAUCCACUUACGUACCAGAAAAAUGCCUUUUAAUGCCCUUGUUUUUACUUUACGCUCUAAAGUGGAAUUAAAUUAGACACGCGCUAUUCGACCCUUGAUAGCUCAAUCGGUACAAUUUAGUAAAAUUGCCAAAAAACUGAACAUAGAUUUGUGCCAAUUUUUUUCUCAUCGAAAGGAAGCACUGUCCUUAUUAAAAUUAUGAAAUAAAAAAUGGGGGUCACCGUACUCGUUUUUGCGGUAGAGUUGCAGAAAGUGCGUACCAAAUGCAUUUUCUCCGAUUUUUGGACUGGGGCGAGUUUCAAAUAGAAUGCAUGGUAAAGGGGGAAGAAGGUAUUAAAAAAUCCGUUUUUACAGAAUUUACAUCGAGAUAUUACAUUUAGGACACAAUGUGAUAAAGAAAGCGUUUAAAUGAAAAUCAAAGUGAGUAAGCACAAGUUAAACAUCCACUAUCGAGGUUCUCCGUGAGGAAGUCGAACUCAUUAACAGGCGUACUGCUUACGUUAUGCACAUUCCCAACACAUUGAGUCUUUCCUGGACAAGAAACAACAGCAAGUAAAAAUUCCAAUAGCGUUUCUCUUCAGUCGACUUCAUUUUAAUAAUGUUACUUCACAUGCUCUUUUUUACGGAGGCCAUCUUGUUAUGCGCAGUAAGAGGUGCGCAAUGUAAAACUAGGGAAUCACCUUAACCUACAACCUGUAAGUUAGUAACCAACCCCACCGUCUAUUCUGCUUUUAUGCCCUAUUUAAUUUUUGAUCGCUUGUAGAUGACUUUGCUAGGUGAGAUUUAGAGUAUAAGCCGAUUUAUUUGUACUUGCUGUAGGUUCAUCUCUCCAGUGGGCUGAUAACGUUAGACAAAGGGUACGAGCAGCUAAACGAUACUUAAAAGCUGAUUACAAACUUCAUGUGUUGGAGGAAAGUCCCUGUGCUGAUCACUGUAUACGAUUCGCCCUAUCAUCCGAUGAUGUCCAGUACAAAACGGCCUGUGACCAUGAACACACUAUGCAGUAUGAUCGAUGUUUAGACUGUGCUAACGUCGCUCACGACAUCAUUGCUGGACUAGACAGUGGUGAUAUUUCGUUUAGGUAAAAAAUACAGUUGCAUACUAUUAGACAUAUGCCAAAUAUUUAUGACUUUAAGGAAAACGCGACCCGCGCUUUUUGUUGCAAACAUUAAGGUUGGUACCUUUGUCCCUAGCGUCUGUUACACGGGAAAAAAGAAACAACGACAUCAAGAACAAACAAACAAAAAAGUAGAAGUUUGUCGCUUACGACAAGUGCCUUAACCUUUGUCUAAGGCUUUCUUCAUUGUACGAUAUAUUGUUAACAGCCAAUGCACAACACAAGUGAAAAAGCGCGAACAAUUAGUAUUCAUUCCCUUUCCAUUCUUCCCUGUACUCAUCUCUCUUGGUGAAAUCUCUAAAAGAGCAUUUUCUGUAACGUUGUCAUUAUUUCAAAAUCAAUUUUUUUUUCAGUUACCAGGAACAGAAAGAAGAGCUCAAAUAUGACAUCGAGAAAGCCACUGAAAGAAUUAUGGACUGGAAAUCGCACAUAGUGAGAGCUACCAAUCAAGAAAAAGCCAAAAUAAACAUUCUUGAUAAUCUUACUGAGCGGCAGGUGCUAGUGGUGAUGGAUUGAGCCAUGAAAUGGCUCCCAAGAAGCUACAGAGAAACCCAGGCAGAAUGGUUUGGGAAAAAAGGAGUCAGUUGGCAUGUGUCGGCCUGCAUAACAAGACCUGAUAACGAGGAAGCGGAGUUUGACGUAAACAAAUUUGCUUUCUGAUUCUAAUUAUCUUUAAACUUGAAAGCACGUCACUUGAAUUGAUUUGUCAGAAAAAAAUCAGUUUCAUUCCUUACGAACAAGCCAUAAACGCACGUGUAAUGCUUUUUUUUUUUCGUGCUAGCUGCUCUAUAGAGGCAUAGUUUUUGCGGAAGAUGAAGUGAAAGAUACAUAUUUUUUGCCCCAGUCCGUUGGAGUGCAUGUAAAACAAACAGACAUGUGCUCCGUAUGUGGACGGAAACGCAGAUCUAGUGAAGUGUUGUACGUGAGACAACGGGAAUCAAUGGCAGAUCUAGGGGGAGGCUGGGUCCCUGGGGGACUCGGGCAACCACCUUCUUCUUAGGUCAAACUGAGGCCGCAAGGCCGACAUGAUAUAUAAGUUCUGGAUAAGCAGAGACUCUCUGCUAAGUUGAAGGUGUGAAUCCGCUAGUGAAAAUACAGGUCCACUCAGGUUUAAGUUUGAACCGUGGGCGCAUGUUUCCCCCACCCAGGCUUAUAAAUAUACCGCUGGUUACAUGUAACUUUUCAUGGAUUAGCACCCCGUUUAGAGGAGAGCGAGAGAGAAUUUAUGUCAUUUCACUCGGAAAUAUGACAAGAUCGGGGUUCCUGGGUCGUGAGCCGGGAGAGCAAUGAAGGCGUUUGUAAUCGAUAGGCUACAGUUAGCGUUACAUUAAAAAUUUUUAAUGGUCAUUUUGUUACAAUCUUUUUGUAUUUUUUUCUUUCCAAAGGUUCGGACUUUCGUUCACAUUCUUGAUAAAGGCAACCAAGAUUGGUUUGCAGUCUUAUCAAUUCUGGAAGACCUUGUUCAUCAGCUUAAGCGGUUGUCCCCACUUCUGAAAGAACUAUUUUUACGAAGUGACAACGCUGGCUGCUACCACAACGCUGCGUUACUUAUCAGUGCGCCAACCAUUACAAGAACAGGGGGGUUGGCGCUUAAGAAUUACAGCUUCAGUGAGGCGAACAGCGGGAAAGAUGUCUGCGACAGAAAGAUCGCACCCCUCAAAGCACACAUCGGAAGAUAUCUCAAUGAAGGUGACAAAUAGUUUCAGGGCUAUUAAAAAUUAAUAAGAGGCUGUAAAAAUAGUAAAGUUAUUUGCAUUUCCGAAGACCACAAAAAGUCCGACGAGCAACAAAAAACGUUUUGCGUUUUAAUUGGCCCGCCAACGGUUCACAGCACCCUUCUUUUCACAGUUUUUUACGGAUAAUUCUGUCUUGUUUUAGGUCACGAUGUUAUAACAGCGCGUCAAUUAAAGGAAGCUAUUGACUCCUAUGGGGGAAUAAAGGGCUGUCGAGCAUCAGUGAUUGAAUUAGACACAAGAAAGCAAACAACUAACGCGCCCAAGUUAAGUGGUAUUAGCCAGUUAAACAACUUCGAAUAUACUGAAGAUGGUGGAAUGACUGUCUCGAAGGCGUUUAAAGUUGGAGAAGGUAGGAAAAUUUCCAAACAAGAGCUUGCUAAGGUGGGCCAGCCACAGAGUGAGACAGGGGUGAAAGUAAUAUUGCCUUUUUGUGAUCCAGUUAACGCUACCGGGUUGUUAAAGAAAGCUUCGACGCGGCCGCCUGGUGACCAAGCCAAACAGACCGUCGUUUCUCCUACAAAUGACGAGGGCAUUCCUUGGUUCACUUGCCCCGAACAGGGCUGUAUCAAGACGUUCAGAACAAAUCAAACCCUUCAGAGACACUUGGACUUUGGCCGCCAUGAGAUUAAACUCCACGAAGAGUCACAAUAUGACCAGAUCAGACACAAAUGGGCUGAGCAUUGCUCAAGUUUGAAACCACAAAAUCCCUCCUGUGCCUUAACGGCCAGUUCGUCCUUUGGAGUAACGGAAGAAAAUGUUUUGUCUAUGGGGUGGGCGCAGACUAAAUCAAAGGGAAGAAGCAGGUUUUCUGUUAAAGUUAAGAACUAUCUGCUCGAGCAGUUCAUGAUUGGUGAAGAAACUGGUCGGAAAGUCACCCCUGCCGAAGCUUCAGCACGAAUGCGCACAGUACGUACCGAGGAGGGAGCUCGGAUAUUUGGCAAAGACGAGUGGCUCACUCCCAAGCAAGUUAAUAGCUAUUUUUCGAGGUUGGCUGCAAUGAAAAAAAUCGAUCAGCAACCAGCAGCAUUGGUUAGUCUCGAAGAAGAAGAUGCUGAGGCAAUAGUCGAGCGUUCAAAAAGAUACCACCUGCGCAGAAGGGUUCUCAACCAGCUAACGUUCUAA